AUGAAAGGUGAAAGAAUUAUGUUGAUAGAGUUUAUGAAAAUUGUAAACCAAAAUUCGAUUGUUGGGAGAAGAGUUAGAAGAGAAGAGAAUUGUGGAGAAAGUUAUGGUGACUCUCCUGAAAAAUUUGAAUGCAAGAUUUCUUUCCUCUUUGAAGAAAACUUGGGAACAAAUGUCACAAAUUCCUUGAAUGUACUUUCAAAUGCUCUUGACAAAGCUGGUAGAACAAAGAAAGCCUAUAGGGAAGAAGAAACCAUUGGAGAGAAGGCUCUUGUUGUGACUCAUAAAACAAAAAUGCAAGAAAGGAGACCUGGAGCUCAAUGUAAGGUUUGUAAGCAAUUUGUCGCAUCGAGAAAGUUUGCUCUACAAACUAGAAACCAGAAUCAACAAACACAAGCCCAUCAUGCACAAGUCACUGAAAAUUCUGAAAAGUAUGAAGAACAACUAUUUGCUGCAAAUGAAAUUAAAAAAUGUGGUGUCUCAAUUGAAGCUAAAGAAGCAUGGCUUGUUGAUAGUGGCUGCACUAACCACAUGACACCAAACUCGGUGAAUUUCGAUAGCUUGGAUACAACCUAUUCUUCAAAAGUCAGACUUGGAGAUGGUAGGCUUGUUGAUGCCAAAGGCAAAGGAGAUGUGAUUGUACAAACUCCUUCAGGUACAAAGCUUGUUUCCGAUGUUCUUUACGUACCAGAACUAUAUCAAAGCUUGUUUUCAGUUGGUCAAUUGCUGGAUAAGAAUUACAGUUUGCUAUUUAAAGAUAAAACUUGUGAAAUAAGUGAUCCUUCUGGCUCAACUCUGGCUCAAAGUUAUUUGCUGUCAAAAAUGAAACGGAGAAAGCUUUCCUCUAAAUUUAAGAAGACUUCAAAGAAGAAUCUUGCUUGA